AUGGAGACGGCAUCAAUGCUCUCCGCCUUGAAGGGCGAUAAAUUGAAAGACUCGUCACAAUGGCGAGACCUUUGCAACCCUAACAACGAUGAAGCCUAUCGUCCGAAGGCUCUAAAAGAGCCACGGGAGCCUAAGUAUCCGCUAGAUACGGAUCCGGAGGCUAAAAAGGAUAGUCUCCGCGACGUAGUCCUCGAAUUCGAUACCCCGUAUAACCGUCUAGUCUAUCUAAAGACUAGGUUCGCGCAGUCUUAUCGAAUCAUUCAGAGCUCUAUAUCGGGAAAUUGGCUAGUCCGAUCUAUCACUGUAAGCACUACCGCUAGCGCCAAAGGGGUCUUUCUCCACUUAGAAGCAAAAAAUGACUCUAGGAAGCUAAAGGAAGACGUCCCCUUCGAGAAAAGACUAUACCCCUACGCCAAGGAAAGAGAAUCUCUAGAAAAUAGAGAAAGCUCUACUAGCCGACCCGGCAUAGAGAAAAUAGAUCUAAGAAACUAUCGAAAAAUCGUCAAAUAUACCGGCAAACGCAGUCCAAUUAAACCUAGGAAAUAUCUCCUUUUCAAGCUAGGAAAUUGGAUCCUCGAUACCGGCUCUAGUGUCUAUAUCUACAAUAAGAGAAGCUGGUUCGUCAACAUUAUACUAGCUAGGGAGACUCUCGCGACGGGAGACGGAGGUAUAGUAGUUAUUAGACGUAGGACGGUGAAACUCACCGGCGCCGACCCGAUAAUAGGGCAAGAGAAGACUAUUACCCUAAGUAAUACCUACUACGUACCUAGGUUUUAUAUCAACCUAGUAUCGUACGCAAGGUUGCGAGAAAAGGGUAGUAAAUGGUCUAAAGCCAAAGGUGUCCUCGGCACUACGGUAGGAGAAGGGUUUAACGGAACUAUGCCUACAACCCUUAAUCAAAUACCAAAGAUAGUCGAAGGAGUGACAAUCGAUAUAAAGAAAGUAGUAGCUAAGGUAUACGAGAUAUACAAUAUAGGAAGGUCGAAUCGGCAAGUGUCUAGGAAGCUAAUCGGACGAAGCUUUGGCCGAUUUAGCAGAGCAUCGAUAGAUCUCUCACUUUUACGUCGAAGGAAUCCGGUUUCACUAGGUUAUAACAACCUACCGAUUAAGGCCUUCCAUUAUAACAAUAAAGCUUCGGCAGGAAGGGUAUUAGAGAGGAGCUUAACGUCGGACGGUAUAGUGGUCUAUCAUAGUCUACCAAAGUAUCUAGAGAUAAAUAGAUACGCCGAGAGAGACGAAGUCCGUAAGAAUUUUGCUACUAGCAAAGCUAUUCCGAAGGUUAACCUAUCAAAUAUUAGGUUAUACGGAAGUCUUGCUUACUACCGUAUUAAGAAAAAGGUCAAAUUAGUCAGAGAUACCGUAUUCGAUAAAUCACGGCGAUACUCCACGGAUUUUCAACACUUUUAUUUUUCGGCCGAAAAACCAUCUUAUACAGCAAGCCGCCAAGGGGUAUAUGAUAUACCUAGCAGCCAGCGUUUUGAACCUAUAUCGGUCCUACUAGGCGUAUUCCCCUCGUCAAGGGGUAGAGACGCCGGAAAUAUAGGCCAGGGACCAGCUCUAGGAGGUCUAGCAAGCGACCUAGGAAGCCCAAAAGGUCCACUAGCACCGAGAGAACUAGCUCUAAGGGAUAUCAACGGCGAUCUAGAUAAGGCAAAUAUUAUAUCUAGACCAAGAAGAAGGUUAGUAAAACGGGACGAUACCUUCGCGUACGCCACCAUAGAAGAACCCCCAGCUUUCCUCUAUACAUUCGCAGCGGCCCUAUACGCGGAGAAGCCAAUAAGACGUUAUCGGGACGAUCUACCUAAUCCCCCGAAGUAUUAG